CCAGGGCUCUCAUACAUUGCUAGAUUGCCUUGACGUUGUGUAAGACGUCUGCAGACGAGAAACGUGAACUCUUUCACAUCCUGUUUGUGUCACAUUUGUGUCACAUUUGUGUCCAAGUAAUGCCUCCAAACUAAGUCGGCAGGUACUGUAGCUCACCAGCUGUUCGGUGGCUGCACUUGCAAUGGAAGCUGGAUUACUCCUACUUGCUAUUGUGCUUUGGACCACGGAAUCCACAUGGGCAGUGCAGUGUGGCCACCGGAACCUGCUGUACGACACCGAGCGCAUCGUAGGCGGAAGCGACGCUGGUCCCUUGGAGUUUCCUUGGCAAGUGUCCGUGCAGGUGUUCAGCAGUCACCAGUGCGGGGGUGUCAUUAUUGACAAGUACUGGAUCCUCACCGCUGCGCACUGCAUGAAAUACUCGCCGUUUUUUUACAAGGUCUACGUGGGCAAGGACCACUUGUUUCGAAAGGAAUUGACGGAACGCUAUUAUUACGUAUCUGAGAUUAUAAAGCACCCGUACUACAGCGAAUCUACAGUUGAUUACGACAUUGCUCUCGCAAGGCUCGACUUGCCGCUGGAUUUCGUUCUUGACGAUUACCUCAGCCCCAUUUGUCUGCCAAAGCCAUCCGCAUAUUUCACCGGCCAAACUUGCAUCGUAACGGGAUGGGGCUACCCAAGAAUCGAUGGAUCAACGACGGACGUGUUGCAAAAGACGAGCCUCGACGUCUGGAAAGAUGGCGACUGUCGAAAAGCUUACGAAGAUGUGAACAACGUGACCGACAGAAUGUUGUGCGCCGGCUAUGAGGAAGGUGGCAAGGGACCGUGCAAGGGAGACUCCGGAGGUCCCCUGCAGUGCGUCCGAGAUGAUGGAUCCUGGGUCCUGGCUGGAAUCACUUCGUGGGGAAUAUCCUGCGCAGCAGCUCACAGGCCGGGAGUUUUUACACGUGUUUCAGCUGUGCUUGACUUCAUCUACCUCUUCACGUACUGAACGUUUUGCAUCCCCGAGCUCAAACCCGUCCAAGCGCUACUUGAUGCGACCGGACGGUGUCCUGAGGCGGGAGCGGUGUCCCGUGGCGGUGUCCUGCGGCGUGGGCUUCUUGGCGACGGUGCGGCGCCGGCGACUGCUCCGUCGAUAGCGCAGGAUCAUGGUCAGGUAGUCGGGCCAGUCCUCCGGCAGCAGCACGAGCAUGAAGCCGAUUAGGAUGAGCAAGAUUCCGGCCAGCUUCAUGCCUUCGAACAACACUUCGUAGAUGUACACGUCUACGACUGCGCAGAGGGAGAUAAAAGGGAGAUGACGUGUCAGACAGGAUACCACGUGAUGGAAAGAGGAAAUUCUUAGCAACGUGAGCAUAAGUUCAUAGGCGUUAUUCCGCAGGUUGUCGCUUAUGUCAUAAACAUGGGUCCGCAUAAUACCUAGGAUAGUUUUAUCAAGUA